AUGCAAGCGCAGUCAAUGAGGAACAAUUUAAUUUUCUCCGGCAUCAAUGAAAGCUCGUCCGAAAAGCCUGACGAUACCGAACGUCUACUGUGCUCUUUCAUAGUAGAAAACCUGCAAAUACCCCAGGAUGAUGCCAAGUGUAUUAAUCUUGAGAGAGUACAUCGCAUUGGUGUUAGGCAAAGCGGUAACCAACCUCCUCGUCCAAUAGUGGCAAAAUUCUCACUAUUCAAGGACAGAGAAAGCGUGCGGAAAUCAAGUUGGAACCUUAAAGGAACCAAUUACUACGUCAGUGAGCAAUUUCCAAAGGACGUUGCCGACCGGCGCAGAAGCUUGAUGCCGGCCUUCCGGAAAGCACGUGCUGAUGGCAAGAAGGCAUGGUUAAGCUACGACAAACUGUACAUAGAUGGUGUUCCGGUGCGUCCUGACAGUUCCACAAGCAACAACAGCAGCGGUAGCAGAAAGUAG